AUGCCUCUUCAAGGCAUCAGGACCGUGGCAACUAACCAGAACGGCGUGGGCGCAUUCAUCCUCCAGUGCAAACGCCUCGACCUUCACUACUGCGACUGCUCCUUUUUGACCUCUGAACUCCUCCCACGCCUCUCCCGAACACAUCCCCAAGUGAGCUUCCACAUCUCCCCCCGUCCGAACAAACACCCUGUCCUGCGCGCCCACUACAUCAACGGCAGGGAGAAGGCCGUCUGCGUCCGAAAUUUAGAGAAGGAGCAGAUCAUGCAGAAAUGUGAAUUGCUGGUCCAGAGUCAGGGUGGUAAGAAUAGAAAGAUUCGGGGCCGGAACGUGCUGAGUGAGAAUGAGAGCGUGAGAGGGAUCUGGAGUCCGUUCCAUGGUGGGAUUAAGGAUGUGUGA